AAGAGACUGAGAUCACCCCUGCUCAGAUUAUACAUUCAACGCAUGCAGCACACACGCUGAGGAAAUCAUAACUGUCAAAUGCAUUUCAACUGAACAAAGUUUAGGAGUCUUGGAUAUUUAUACUUGUUGGAUUAGACCUUAUUUAAGCCUGACAUUGAUGGAUUACUGCAAGAAUGUAAUUGAACUUUUUGUUCUACUUUAAUAGAGGAUUGAAUCAUCUCGGAGUUACGAGUCAAAUCUUUUCAAAAGGAGCCAAAGCAGGUGGUGUGUUUUAUCUGGAACCCUUUGAAGAGCUUGAACCUUUGAAGGCUGAUGGCUGUGAGGCCUUUGAUUUGUAUUUAUUGUAACUAAAGACUUUAAUUUCACAUUCUGACAGUGCUCAUUUACUUUUUACUUUCGAAAGUAAAAGUUUCGAAAACAUUGUUUGUGCUCCAUGAGCGGUCUAUAGAUAAUGAGAGAAAGAAAGGAUUGGCUAGUGACAUCAUGUCAAGAGAAGAUCUUAGUAGUAAACAAUGACCGCUUUAACUUCUCCUGUUACUCAAAGUUGAAUUUUUAGACCAGCGUUGUUUAAACAGAUAAAGCGCAAAGACAACUUUAAGGACUGGACAGAUCUUUACAGAAGAAAAAGUAAGGUAAGACGGCAGCAAUGGAACAGAACUCUUCAAACCACAGUGCCACACCACUGGACAAAUAUGAGACUGAGUUUUUACCGUCGUACCGCAGCAGAGGGAGGAAAGAGAACUGUGGCAACGGUGGCAGAAUCCAAAGCCGACAGCGGCUUUUCCCUCUGGCUGUCUUCCUCCCUCUCUGCGCUCUGCUGUGCAUUUGGGGUCAGGUGGAAGGGGUUGCACAUUCCAGCUUUCGUAGGCUGAGCGGUCGGGAAAAGAAGGAGAUGCAGAAGGAGAUUUUGUCUCUUCUAGGGCUGCCCGGGCGACCGAGACCACACCCACCCCUACGCCCUCCUUCUUCUGCCCCACUUUUUAUGCUGGACCUUUACCAUGCUGUGUCAUCUGAGGAUGAUGAUGGACCAGGCUUGGGGUUUAGCCCAGAGGUUGUCAGCCACGCCGCACUGCCCACCUUAAGCACACACACGCCGCCCCUUGGCACGGUGGUCAGUGAGGCAGAUACGGUUAUGAGUUUUGUCAACUUGGUGGAGCAGGAGAAGGAUUUACUCCAGCCUCGCCCUUAUUGGAAAGAGUUCCGCUUCGAUCUGACUCCGCUUCCUCAGGGAGAGACGGUGACCGCCGCUGAAUUUCGUAUCUAUAAAACUCUUCCUGUGGGGUGGCGUGCAAAUCGCACUCUUCAUAUCUCUGUCUAUGAAAUUCAGAGAGAGAAACGAUACAGGGAGCCCGAGUUAGUACUGUUGGACAUGCAGUCUGUGCCCACAGGUCAGGAAGGCUGGUUAGCAUUUGAUGUGACUUCUGCGAGCAAUCGCUGGCUUCUCAAUCCUCGAAGCAACCUUGGUAUCCGUCUUUAUGUGGAAACCGAGGAAGACCGCUCAUUGUCUGCCGGGUGGGUGGGUCUUGUUGGCCGUCGAGGGCCACGCUCUAAGCAGCCCUUCAUGGUGACGUUUUUCAGAGCAAGUCAAGCCCCCUGCCGCCCACCUCGCGCUGUGAGACACAACAAUCCUCGCAAGAAAAAGCCAAAGUAUGACCUGCCACACCCCAACAGACCCGGCAUAUUUGACCAAAAUCAUGCCAGCAGUGGACGCCAGGCCUGUAAAAAACAUGAACUCUACGUCAGCUUCAGUGAUCUUGGUUGGAGGGAUUGGGUUUUGGCCCCUCCAGGAUACUCUGCGUAUUACUGUGAUGGUGAAUGUGACUAUCCUUUGAGUUCCUGCAUGAAUGCCACAAACCAUGCCACGAUCCAGGCUCUGGUUCAUCUUUUAAAGCCAAAUGAAGUGCCUAAGGCCUGCUGUGCUCCAACCAAACUCAGCCCUAUCUCUGUGCUCUUCUACGAUGACAACAACAACGUCAUUCUCAAAAAACAUCGAAAUAUGGUAGUCAAGCACUGUGGCUGCUUAUAACUCCCAUACAGUAUUGCUCGUUCAUUCAAGUUAAAAAUCUUUGAAGCACCAUUUUAGCCACAUACAAGUGCCCUAAUCUCAAAUCUGUCCUGAUGGUAUAUAGGCAUAUUCGUUGUAUGCAUGACAGUUAUGCUGUGUACAUGCAAUGUAUCCAAUUAGAAUAAAAAUAUUUGUUGCUUUUUCAUAACAGAAGGUGCUAUAUUAUAUUAUACGCUAUUAUAGCUAUGCCUCGCACAUGCAGACAUUCUUUGGAUUGUCUU